CAUACAUGCUCUCAAGCUCGUUGCGCGCUCACUCUCUCAUAUUUGCAAAAUUAUCAUCUCAUUGAGAAUACCUAGGACCAUCUUACAACAAACCUAGAACCUUGGAACACCGUGUAUCAUCAUCAACCACGCACAGCAACGAUAGCUAUGUCACGAACAUUGCUUUUGUGCCAUAUACAUGGCUUCAAGGGCAGCGAUGACAGCUUCGGUACUUUCCCGGAGGAUCUCAAAAAGCACCUCAGCAGUCAGCUCUCCGACCAUAACGUCGAGUCCGUCGUUUAUCCCAAGUAUGCUACCAAGGGAGAGCUCACCGAAGCCAGCGUCAACUUCCUAGAAUGGCUCAAGGAACGAGUGAUGGACGUUAGGAAGGCCAAGCUGGAGAAGCCCUGGCCACCAAACGACAAGAAUGUCGGCGUCAUCCUCAUCGCCCACUCCAUGGGCGGCUUCGUAGCCACUGAGGCCCUCUUUCACAUCCUGAACGAGCGCGCCACCAGUGACGACCCAAAGGCCCCGCUGUUCCCCAUGAUUCAGGGGAUCCUCGCCUUCGACACGCCCUUCAACGGUCUCGCGCGCUCCAUGUUCGUCUACGGCGGCUUCUCCAACUACCAGAAAGUCAGCUCGGUCUUCAACGUCAUGACGGCGUUAUCCGCCGCGCCCGCCAGCAUCAGCACCGCGCUCAAGCGGGGCGCCGGGUCUGUCCCGGGCGCCAACAGGACCACGAGCCCGGCGGCGUGGAAGACGUGGCAGCUGGUUGCCGUGCGCACGGGGACCGUCGGCGCCAUCGCUGCGGGCGGCGUGGCUGCCUAUAUCCACCGCCAGAAAAUCAUGGACGGCGUCCAGGGCAUGAGGAAUCUGAAGAAGCAGGACAUUGUCGAGGGGUACCAGCAGGGAGUGGAUCGCCUCGGUCAGGGUCUUGCUUAUGUCAACAAGGGUAACGUCGGGCAGUCCUUUGCCUGGCUUAGUGACCACCUCACGUUUGUCGGCGUGCUCAUGAAGCAGCAGGAGCUGAACAAGAGGCUCGAGCGGCUUGCGAACCUGAAGGGCAUCGGCAUCCACGACAUCUACUGCUCGAUGGGUGAGAAUGGCUACUGGAGCGGCGGGUAUUUCGUACCGGAGAGGACCUUUUGCGCUGUUCCGGCAGACGACCAACCCGCAAGCAAUUUGUUCUCCAGGCAUGUCGUCGAGAACGCCGAGGACGAGAUCCAGGCGCACAUGUCGCUGUUCAAAACCGACAAGAACGAGGAUUACAAACUCAUGAUCGACAAGGCGACCAAGUUGGUCAUCACAUGGUUCAAUGAUGACUCCGAGAUAGUCGACAACCCCGAAAUCACGAAGCCCAGCCCCGCUGACUCUGCCGAGAACGCUAUCAAGGCCACAGACGAGGGCGUCGAGGUCGAAGGGGAAAAGGGCACAACAACAGAAAACGCUGCUGACACCCAAGCCUCGGAAGACAGCGACGGCAUGCCCGAUGAGUCGCCCCUCGACAUUGCCGCCGCCGCCUCCCUGGUGCCCCUGCCAACCGAUGGUGGCGACGACGCAGCUGCCGCCGAGGGCGUAGAGGCUUCGGUCCCCGAGGUCAAGGACAAGCAGAGCUACUACAGGUACCUUAUGGGGAUCGCCCAGUCUACCGGCACGGGCAUCUCCCAGGCCAGCUCCGGGGUCAAAGGGUACAUUCCAACAAAGCUGCCGAGCAUGCCUACUAUGCCGAGUAUGAGCAUGCCGAGCGUCAGCGUUCCCAGUGUCAGCGUGCCGGGCGCCGGGUUCUUUUCCAAGAAGCAGGCGUCGACUGCUUCUGAGGAAAGUGCUGCUGCUGCGCCGACAUCGACUGCUACCCAACCGGCGGAGAACGUUGAGACCAAGGAGGAACCUAAGACUGCGGAGGGUACUAAUUUGCCCAAGGGCGAGGUCCAGGAAAAGGCUAGCGCUGCAUGAGUGACGACUGGUGUGGGGUUGCUUUCGUUACUGCCUUGGAUGAGCUUGCUCAUCUGGAUUGUUACGACUUGAGUUUGGUUUUGCGAGUU